AAAAAAGGGGGGAGACUGAAUGAUUAUAACAGCAAUUCAGAUCCUGGACAUCUUGAAUUUCGAUUCAUAUAUUUUUGACGACAUAAUCGACAUCGUUUAGAAUAAUUUUGCAACUACUGCUCAUAUAAAAUAGUCGAUCUGUUUUUAUUACUGAAAAGUCUUGUGGUAAUUAAAUAUUUUUAUUUUUUUAUUGUUUUUCUUUGAAAAAUUUGGUUUGUUACAGUGACAGCGACGUUGCCGGAUAAAUUCCUAAAAAUAUCAAAAUGUCAUUAUGACAAAUACCGUCUGUGUCAUUCAAAUUAGAAAAGUUAGGCCUAGUUCAAACGUCGAACUUUACAUGAACCGAACGCAUUUAUAACAGAAGAUGACAAGGAAGUUUAUCUCAUUUUCUUUUGUCUUUAAUGCGUUCGGUGCAUGUAAAGUUCGACGUUCGAAACAGGCCUUAGUUUAUUGUACUAUUGAGCCAAUUUUGAGAAAUCUGCUGUGAAAAUGUUUUGUAAUUAAAAUGUGGUGGAGCCACUGAGUGGAGAGUAUUCAGGACCCUGACUUUUUAUAUGCGAGUUUGAGUUAGGGAGCUGUUGAUAUUUUUGAUAUGGUAAUUUUUGCUAAAGUUAUGGAGAUUUGGAUGUUGGUUUGUUCUUGUAAUUCUCUUUCAAAAUAUCUUGUAACCCUGGCCUUCCGCGCGUUCUUUUAUAUAUCGUCAUGGGUUUAAUAGAUAUUUCUCGUCUCGUCCAUUCUUUCAAUCGUAUUUGCUGUUGCUCUAUGGUUCACUAAUUGUAUUCAGCAGCAGUUGAAAUACGAUAUGUUUCUUUGACACAGUUUGAUGCAAGAUAAAAUGAAAAAGACAACUUUAUGCAAAUACUCCCAACAAAGGAAGUCGAAGAUCUUGAAGAGCGCUGUUGUAUCUUCGUAAAAUAUCUUAAUUGUAGUUUCAUUACCAUUUUUUCUUCCUGGAAAAUGCUGUUUGAUGGCUUGUAGGGAAAUUGCUGUAUUUAUUGUUCUCGUUGUGACAUUUUGGAGCGGAAACAGGGCAGUAUUUUUAAAGAAAAUGAUGAAAAAAGCAAUUUGGAAAGAAACAAACGAAGUAUAGUCUGCGACCAAAUUCAGAAAGAUUAUUACAGUGAUAAUGGGCAUAGCAUGCUGAAAAAACAUGAUGUUCAAGUGCAGUUUCAUAAUCACUCAGCUACAGUCAAGUGGAAGCAUUCUUCAAAUCGUGUAAAAGCAUAUUUUCUCAAAUGGAUUUUCUUUGUGGGACGCUGUGAAAUAAAAGUGCUUGAUAAUAAGACCACGACUUAUGAUAUAAGAUUACCUUCAACAAAGUGGACUAGCAAGUACCCGUUGAUUCUUUUUAUUUAUCCUUUGCCGAUAAAGUUUAAAAGGGAAGUUGGCUUAAGGUUUUGGCCUUCAUACGAGCAAAAAUCAGGAAUACAUCCUACAUCAUUUGAGAAGAAUGUUUCUCAAGUAACAACGUUAUGGGAAAAACAGGCACAUAAUGAACACGAAGAAUAUGGAUUAAAGCUCAUUAUUGGUUUAGUAAUUGGAGUUGUUGCGACUUUAGUUCUUCUCAUUAUGUUCCUUAGAAGAUUAUGUUAUAAAGUAAAACCUUCCAUUCAGACAGGUUAUUUUAUUUCCUUCUUUCCGGAAAACGAGAAAUUUGUUAAUGAAGUUAAAAACUUUGCCAAAUGGUUACUUGAUAAUGGACAUGAUGUUCAGAUGUUGACCGACGAUUGUAAAUUAUUAAAGGAAGAAAACCAAUCUCUUCGCAAAGAAAUGAUGUCGUUUAAGUUUCGUGAGCAUAUGUUAAAUUCAUCGAGAAAAAUUUUCAUGAUUCUCUCAUCGACUUACUUGAAACACUGUGCAAUAAAGGAAGAUGAAAUGAAGAAUGUAGAUUUUUCAGAAGAAGAAAAACUUUUGAACGGAGAAAUCACUCAAAUACGCGGUGAAAUGCACGAUAAUCUUUACCUGAGUGAUCGUUUUAUUGCUGUAUUAUUUCACUUGAACAAUGAGAUGACCGUACCAUUUUGGAUUAAAGGACUUCCCAUCUUUUCAUGGCCGAAAGAGGAGAAAAGUAAUAAGCUUUUAAAUCAUUUGAAAGGUUUGCCUGAAUAUCCCCCAAACUGCAGCUCAUGAUGUGAACAACUUCGUUUACAUCACUGAUUUUCAUGCUCAAACCUGAGUAGAAGGCGUUUUGAAAAUUGAAAGUUAAAUACUUCGAUACGUGUACUUGAAUAUAUUAUACAGACGAGAUGUUUAUAUCAGUAGAAGUAUAUAACAUACUUGUAAUAAUAAUUACAAUUGUUCAUUUAAUAAUUGUUUCUGUUAUUAUAAUUAUUACAAUAUACAUAUAUAUUAUUAUUAUUAAAAGGUAAAGUGUUGACGAAAGUCAGACAUAUAUGUCAAUAAUUUAUACUUCAAAGUAUAUCUGUAUUAAUGGUACAAGUAUAAUGAAAUACAUCAAAACAGCCACAA